AUGCGCAAAGCAUGGACGGUCGGGCUCCAGGAGGCCUCAAUGAUCAAUCGCAAUAGGAACUAUCGCGUAUCCAAUGCCGGCAGCAGUUCCACAAUGCGAAUGAAUGACAUUUUGAAAGAUCCCUCCAUUUUACAACCCUUUGUCCUUGGGCCUCGCAAUGGUAUCCAACUGCUUUGGUCCUUUGUGGGAAGUAUUUUCAUUCUUUGGGACCUCGUCACCAUUCCCUUGGAAAUGUAUGAUAUUCCGAAAUUUCUGGCUUUUCUGGAAGUCUUUGGAUAUGUCACUUUCGGCUUUUGGAUUCUGGACAUGCCAACUCAUUUGAUCUUUGGUCGUGAGAUUAAUGGUAAAGUAGAGCUACGACCUUGGAAGUUAGCUCGAGAGUACUUGUACAGUUGGUUCUUCUUGGAUUUGUUGGUGAUUUCGAUUGACGUGGGGCUCAUGCUCUUACAGGAAGCCAUGAGUGGUGGUUGGAGGUCUGCCCGUUUCCUACGGACUUUGCGCUUGUUGCGGUUGUUGCGGCUGUUGCGAGUGGCCAAGUUGCAACAGCAGCUCACCCUCUUGGCCAACCGCUUUUUGUCCGCACAUGCGUUCAUGGUGAUGAAAGUUGUGGCGGGGCUUUUGAUGAUUUUGGCCAUCAAUCACAUCAUCGCAUGUUGCUGGUUCGGCAUCGGAUCUCAUGCUGAAGUGGAUGGAAAGAGCUGGAUUUUGCGCUCUGACUUGAAUAAAGACGACUUUGCAGAGGCCUAUGCAGCUUCCAUUCACUGGGCCUUGACACAAUUCACUCCGGCCACGAACAACAUCGCUCCGGACAAUGCAGUGGAAAGGUUCUUUGCCGUGUGGGUGAUCCUGCUGGCCAUGGGCGUUUUUUCCUCUUUUAUCAGCUCUAUUACAAGUACGGUCAGUUCUUUGAGAACAUAUAGACAGGAGCAGUCCAAGAAGCAAUCACAACUCUUGCGCUUCUUCAACGAGAGGAAUUUGUCAACUGACUUGUACAGCAGAGUUCAAGAGGUGGUCCGGAGACAAGGUCUUUUUGAAGUUAGACUCAAAGAGACAGAGGUGACAUUGUUCAGCGGAGUGCCUCAACGGCUUUUGAUCCUUAUGCACGAGGAGAUGUUCUUACCUUCAGUCAAUGCUUUGGGUUUUUGGCCAAUGUGGAGCCACUUCGAAGAUCAGAAUUUCUUCAGGGAUGUGUGUCAUAUUGCCAUAAAAGAGCAUGUUGUGACCCCUGGACAAGAUGCCUUCAUGCCUGGCACAGAUUGCCAGGAGGUGUAUGUCAUACAAUCAGGCACCAUGCAAUAUUCAGCCAAGCCAAGGGCAUCAUCACGAAAUUAUGAAACAGUUCGGGAGGUUGCCAAGGAAGCAGACGUGCUGUGUAUGCCAUGUUUCUGGGCAGAUUGGCACCAUCGCGGAAGAAUGACUGCUGAGAAUGCCGCAUGCUACUACAUUGGGGUUCAUGCUGAAUGUUUUUGCAAUUUAGCAACCAAAAACGGCGGGCCCCUGUGGCAAUUUUUGCAGAUCUUUGGAAUUCUGCUGGUGGGUCAUAUUGAGGGUAUGGAUGAGGAGCACACACUCAUGACAGACUUGGGCUUGCCUGAGGAAGAAUUUGCCAAGCUGACCUUGCGCGCACAGGAAUUCGCAUGUACUGUCCGAGACAACCAUAAGCUUGACGUUCACAGCCAAACGAACGCUUUGAACCCUUUAAAGAAUUUGACAAAGCCAUCUUUUUCACGCUCGUCAACUCAGGGAACUCAAAGUGAAAUUCUUCAAUGCCGAAUGUAA